AUGACAUUGUAUCGCCAAGUUAUUUUCCGGAAAGAUUCAUCAGAGCCAAGAUCUUGGCUGCAUCAAGUCCAGAUCUGCAUUACCAACAAAAACACCAAAACCGUCAAAACGCAGCAAGCAAAAGCUCAAACCGAGACCGUCGAGGACACAGGUGAAGGACUUCUUAUGAGGUCCAAGCUUGAUGACCUGAGCGUUUGGCAAAGUGUACGCAGGUUCAAACGCGUUGGCUGCAUUGCUAUGCUUGCAGCCUUCUCCGCAUCUCUGGAUGGCUAUCAGAUCAAUCUCAACGGUGGAAUCGUCUCCAACCCCGGAUUUAUUCGACAAUUCUCUACCUCUGGCACGACCAUCAUUGCGGGCAAAUACAUCUCGGCCUGGGGAGGUAUCCAGUCAGCGGGCCAGACCAUCGGCCAAGUCCUCCUUCAAUAUGCUACUGAGCGUCUUGGCCGAAAGGUUGCGAUGAUGAUCAUUUGGGUCGUCCUCACCGCGAGCAUAUUUGCUGAAUCAUUCGCAACACACUGGCAGCAUUGGCUGGUGGCAAAGCUCUUUUCGGGCAUGGGCGUUGGUAUGCUGCAAUCCACCAUGCCUCUGUACCUAUCCGAGAUCUCUCCCACCCAGCUCCGAGGUUUCUUCAUCAAUGCCUACAGUUUCUGGUUUGUCCUGGGCCAGCUCUUUGCCUCCGUGGCCCUCAAGGAGCUUAAGGCCAACGACCCGCUCGAUUUCCGUACCCCGAUUUACACUCAGUGGGCGAUGAUUGGCUGCAUCCUUGUGGCCUUCCUUCUCAUUCCAGAGUCCCCUUGGUGGUUAGCAAGCAAGGGCAAGGUUGAACAGGCAUCACAAGUACUGAACCGAUGCUUCGCCAACGUCGAAGGAUACGACAUUGAUCAACAAAUAGAAAUCAUGACUUCUACCAUCGCCCUCGAACGACAACAAGCCGAGCAGAAUUCCGAGCUGGGACCCUGGGCUGUUUUCAAGGGCCGCAACCUGAUUCGAUUCAUCAUUUCCGGCUGGCCCAAGAUUACACAGCAGUUCGUUGGUCUGGCCGUAUUUAAUACCUACGCGACAUAUUUCUUCCAAUAUGCAGGAAACAAGGAUCCGUUCCUUGUCACUCUCAUCCUCUCGUCAGUCCAACUGAUCUCGAUGAUCGCCACUGCAACACUCACAGAUUCCAUCGGUCGACGCCCUCUCACCGUGUACCCCCAAGGCUACCAGUUCGCUACUUGUCAGUAUCACCUCGACGGGAUCACUUUCUACUUGACUAAUACUGUCCUGCAGAUCUUCUUCGCUUGCCUCGCUACGUUUUCCACCACUGGUGCUUCAGCUAUCGGUUACGCCUACGCCGCUGAGAUUCCUCAACAGCGCCUCAGAGCCCAGACGGCUGGUUGGUCACUGGCUGUGUCUAAUUGCGUCGCCAUUAUCUUCAGCUUCUGUACCCCAUUGAUGAUCAACGGAGCGGCCAAAUGGGGUGUAAAGACCGGUUUCUUCUUUGCUGGUACUGGCACCGUUGCCGUCACUAUCGCCUGGUUCAUCCUUCCUGAGGUUGCUCGACGAACACCCGCUGAGAUUGAUGAAAUGUUUGAGAAGAAGGUCAAUCUUCGCCACUUCGAUAAGUUUGUCACAGAGGUUCAGGUCCACGCACAUGAACUUCAGGACAGGAAGAAGGUAGUGGAUGAGGUUUGA